AUGAACCUCCUUCGUCAUGCAGAGCAAAGCCCGGGCCCUCCACGGCCCACUCACUUUAUCCAUUCGCUCGCAUCGGACCUGGGCAUUCCGCCCGAGAUCGUCACCGCUGGCGGUGGCGUGAACCUCGCUACCGUUGCACCGCCCCCGGCCCACGUCCUCGAGGACAUCAAGCCUUCCAUCGACCCCACCGCCCCUCCCGCCAUGCCCGAGUUCCCGACGCCCGACCUUGCUGCCCAGUCCGCCCCCCUCCCCGGUCACGAGCAGGACGUUCGCGCCGAGAACGCUCACCUCCGCUGGCGCGUGGGCAUGCUUGAGAACAUUGUCAAGCAGGCCGCCACCUUCUUCUCGUCUUACAACCAGCUGGCUGGCCAGCCCGCCCCCGUCGCGCCCAAUGGUUUGGUCGGCACUCCCAUCUCGUCGCCUGCCCCCGGCAUGGACGCCACCCUCUCGCCUCCCGGCCCACCACAAUGUCCUUCCUACCCCUUCUUCGUCUGA